CUUCAGUCUUACGAUCGCCUUCUCGCGGGAAGGUUGGCGAACCCGAGAUAGAGAUAGAGAGAGAGAGAGUGCGUCGCCGUGCAUUUCGUCCGUACACGAGAGAGUGGCGCAUGUUCUUCGAGCUGAAAAUCGGUUGUUUUUUAACGAGCCACGAGAGGAUGAUACUGUAAGAUUGUAUAAAUCCAGUGCACCGGGAAUCGACUUCGAUUUUACACUGUAUUUUAUUGUAGGGGUGCGCGAGUGAUUUUUGUUUUUAUUCGAGGAUACGCAACGCGUCGUACACAGUGAAGGAAAAGUGCGGUACACACACAGUGCUGGAAGAAGUAGAGAGUUGAGCUUGACGAUCGAAGUAGCAAAUUUCACGAGAUUUCGCAGGAACGAGUGUGUAGGAAAGAGCGUUCGACUGCGUUUCUUCUUUUGCAGAUAUAGUCGACGAAGUCUACCUGGCAUGUUUGCUUCAGACUGAAUUUUCGCACACCGAUGAAUAAUAGUUAGCACGAAAUUCGGAGUAGGUAGUUACAUUCGUCCUGAUAUUCAGAAAUGAUCGAAACCAGUUGAAGAUCUCUCGACGUACACGUAUACGAGAAUAUGGUAGACCACUUCUACCACGGAACGAGAAUUUGAUCGUGAUUUUAUUUUCUUUACCAUCCGAGAGUGACAUUCGAAUUUCGUGCCGCGCAGAAAUCAAACAAAACAAAGCCAUUGACUUUUCUGCGGAGGAAGAGAAGACCGGUGAAAAAUCGAAAACAGCACCGAGAGAUCAAGGCGAGAGAGAGAAAGAGGAAACAUGCGCUUGGCCAACGCGCUGUGCAUCGCACGUGGGAGAUAAAGGCACAUCCAUACACGUGUCUUUACGAAACCGCGAGUCAUAAUACAUCCGUGAAAGAUCGACAGGAAGAAGUUGUCGAGAAGGUGGAGGAGGUUAGGAAGCAGCAGCGGAGGCGACUAGACGACGACAUCGUGGCACGCAGAAGGAAGAACUCGACUACUUCGUAGCCAUGAACCUCGCGCUGCAUGGAUUUUUGCUCCAGGUCAUACUGUCUAUCCUUAACUUCAAACAUGGCUUCAGGUUGUGCAGCGCGGGGGAACCUGGUUAUUUGGACUUCGACAAUCUGCCAGAGACCAACUUCUCGUGUCAGGGGAAGGUGAUUGGCGGAUACUAUGCGGACGUCGAGGCUGGCUGCCAGAUGUUUCACGUGUGUACAAUCGGACAAAAAGAUGAGAUUAUGGACAUAAAGUUCCUUUGCUUGAAUGGGACCGUUUUCGACCAAGAAACCAGAGUCUGCGAGAGAGUCGACGAGGUUGAUUGCAGCAAGAGCGAGCGGUUCUACAACCUCAACCUCGAGCUUUAUGGAAAUCAUGCCGUGACACUCAGUCUUCAUGAACAAGAAGACGAAGAUGAAUCUACGGAAUCCCGAGAGGAUCAACAGCAGCAGCAGCACAUGACCUCGGUACGGCCGAGUACCACUACUACGACGACCACGACGACCUCACGACCUAGUCAACCUUCAACGACCUCAGCGAACAAUGUUUAUCAGCAGCAUCCCACUGGAUACCCUCAGCAUUAUCAACCACGACCCGCUUUUCCUUCGGUUCAAACCAGCCAAUCUAAUACUCACUAUGACGAUAAAAAUGGUGGGUAUCAUCAUCAAUACAUUUUUCACAACGACGAGAGGAAUAUCAACAAUCAAGCAACAUCGUAUCAGCUAUUCAGUAAUCAGGGUGUGAGUUCGACGACGCCUACACCUCAGGUUCAUCAGCAGGUUCGAUACAGUUCGACAGCGAAUCCACAAGUAAUUCGUAAUGAACCAUCGACAGUAACGCCGCUUCAAUAUCAUGUGCAAUCCACAUCAUCGACGAUUCAAACUCUUUUGAAUAAUAAUGCUAACAAUCCGUCUAUAAUCAAUCCACUAUUUCACAAUCAUGGAAUUGCUAGCACAACCGAACAGUUCAACGUUCACAAUAAUAAUCCACGUGAAAUCAUAGAAUAUCAAGACAGUUCUGAAGAUGAAGAAGAUGAGCGGGAUGAUAGAAGACCUCUGGAGGCUGUACAAUCGACCAAUAAAGGAAAGGUCUCAAACCUGUCAAUAUCUCCAGUUCCGCAACAAGAGAACCGUCAACAAGUGGUUCAGAACAAGAAUAAUCAAGCUUCGCAGCAGCAGCAACAAAGGAUAUCCAUUAACUAUCUACCAACUCCAAGUCCAAUUCAAACCACCAUCGGUGCUUUUUAUCCAACGCAAAGAUCAAUGUCUCAAAAAUCUCAGAAAUCAGAAAACAAUCAACCCCAGCAUAUCCAUGUCCCACCGCCGCCUUCAAUUCCACAAUUAAAACCACAUCAAAUCACCAUAAAUCUGCCACCACCAGAUAUUCAGCGAAUUGUUCAAAAUCCAUCCCCGCUUCUGCCAUCUCAGUCACGAGUUAUCGUUACCGCAAAGGCAAGCGUGAGUGAUGAAUCUGGAAGACCUUUGAAUGCCAGUCAACUUAUUACACUUCCACUUCCAACGAUUCCAUCAAAUUAUGACGAUUACAAAGAAGGUGACGAAUCUUUUGAUCCAUUUUAUCGAGAUGUUCCUAAGAUACGAAAUGAUCGACGCAUAGUGAUAAGUAGAAAAGUUGAAACGAAUGAAAGAAGCUCAAGAAAAAGGCGCUCAACCGUAUACCAAGAGAGCGAAGAUAGUUAUCCUUCUGAAGAAGUAAUUUUCAACGCUGAAAUUAAAGAUAUAAAAGAUCUUAAAGCAAAUCUUCCAAUAAUCAAGGCUUUUCUUUUUGGUCUGCCAAUUCCAGAAAAUUUAAAAUCCACCGAAAAUGUAACUGAUGACGAUAAUGUUGAAAAUGUUGACAUGAAAGAUAUCAAUCGGACAUUGCCAGUAACAAAUAAAUCUAGAAAGAAUAUUGCUAAUACGGAUUCUAUACGCGUAGAUUCCAAAAUGUUAAAAAAUCCUAAAAAUAUUAGAUCUUUGAUAAGUCAAAUCGAAGAGUAUGACGAUGAAGACGUAGAUGUCCCAGAUAUCACUGAAAAAGAAGUUCACAGAAUAAGAACAGGUACUAGAACUGAAGCUCUGAGGAGCGGUCAAAAAAUCAGACAACGAACACCUCCAGCUCUUCACCGUCAGUUAAAUUUAACUCCUGUUGUUAAUGAACAUGAUGCUGACGACGCAGAACCAAAAGAUACUGUUCAACUAUUUUUACGAUCUGUUGAGGGUAACAACUCUAUAUCGAAUAAUGUGAAUUUUUCUGUGCCAAUAGAAAAUUUAAAUUCGUCAAAUGAAACAUUAGAAGCAAUCGAUACACCUGACAAAAUAAAACAAAAAUUAUUGCAAACUCGGUCAUCUUCGAAUUCGAAUAAAUCAAACAGGCGAAAGACAUUGAGAAGUCAAUCGGCAGAAGAUUCUGAAGAAUAUGAACCGCGAAGAAAUAGUCGCGUUAGCCAUCCUAAAUCAUCUGCAUAUUAUGAUGAAUAUGACGUUAGCGAAAGUAUCGAAUUAGGCUCAAGACAUCGGUCAAAUAGAUUGAGACAACGGCCAAGUAACAGGAGACGAAUUAGUUAUAGAGACGACUAUAUUGAUGGCGAUAAUAUUGAGGGUGAUGACUAUGAAGAAGAAAGCGUCAAUUUACAUCGUAAAAGUUCAUUAAGGAGGGGUCCGCAAGGUAGGCGAGUACCAUCUAGGAAUCGAAAUCGUCAUUUUGAUUAUGAAGAUGAUGAAGAAGAAGUUGACGAGAAGCCAAAAGUAAGAACGAAAGUUUCGAAUUCAUCUAGUAGAUCCAGAGGCAAAGCUAAUACAGAAAGAUUUUCAGAAGAUAUAAGGCAUAACAUAGAAUCAGAUAGAAGAAAGAACACGCGAAAACGACCCCUACCAGCGUCAGAUGAACUUCCUGGAAAAGACAAGCCGGAAUUUAUUGACGAAAAAAUUUUUGAAUCCUCUCUAAAAUCUUCGAAAAAUUUUAAUUCACAGGAAAUUGUGCAAGACGAAAAGGCAAAUAUCAGAUCUUCUAUAAAAAGUGAACAGCCUAAUCGAUAUCAACAGCAAUUUAAGAAACAACAUAAAAAUUUGAAUCGAGAUGAGGUAUCCGAUGAAGAACAAGGAGAUGAAAUUCAAGAUGAUUAUUUUGAUGAAAGAGAGGCAUAUUUGGACGAAUAUAACGAGUCACUAGAAGAAAUUCCUGAUGAUUACGCAGACUAUCCAAUUUCAAGAGAAGUAUUAAGUAAAACUAGAGUUCCAAAUCGAAGAAACAGAAAUAGAUUAAAUAAUGAAUCCAAAUCAAUCUCUCAAGAAAAAUCAUAUCGUCAAGAUAAAAGUAGAAAAUUUAAUGAAAAACCAAGAGUAGAGAAAGAGGAUGUAACAGCAAAAAUUGAGUCGACUACGUUACUGAGGAAUGAAGAUUCGGUAACGACGAAUAUACCAUUAGAUUACACAAUUCCUGAAGGGGAAAUGUCUUCACAAGAAUAUGAAGAUUAUAAUUUACCAAAAACGACGUUGAAGGUUGACGAUGCAGAUAACUCUGAACUACCUGAAUCAGUAAAGUCGACUACAGAAAAUAUGAGCACAGAAGGUGUAUUCAAAUUUACUGAUGAACUACCACAAACUGAAAAGAAAGAAGUUGUGAAAGAUCAUGAUAAACAAAAAGAUACGAUACCUGUAAGUUACGAAGAUUACGUAGAUGAUAAUUAUGAGCCUGAAAGUUAUACGGAUCCGCAAAUUAAUAAACUUUUGUCAUUAUCUGAAAAAACAGAGGAACAAAAUAAUAUGCAUGUUGCUAGUACCCGUGACAAAUCUAAAGAAGUAGAAUCCCGAAAUGACAAAAAAGCUAGCGAUAUUGCUAACAGUAAAAUUGAAAAUAAAGAUGAAUAUGAUGAAGUAUACGGAGAUAAAAUAGAAAGUACUACUGUCUCAUUUUCUACAGAAGAAUACGAUGAUUUAGAAACAACAACGGAAACAAUACUCACAUCUACUACCUCAGUUCCAAUUGUAAGUUCUACUAUAGUUUCUACGUCGCUGUCAUCAGUUAAAACUACCAUUACUACUACUCCAAGAACAACUAUGAGUACAACUGACUGCACGACCACUAGCACGACGACAACAUCCACAACUACAACACCCGCACCGACCACAAGCUUAACUACAACAACAACUACUUCUACAACUCCGAUUCCAACAACGACAAGUGCCUUUACCCCAAGAGCUAAGACGACAACUAAAUUUUUCAAACCAACUGCUUUUCGAAAAAAUUAUGCAUAUAGUUUACCUUCGACAUCGCCUAAUUCUGUUGUUAUCCGACGAGGUCAGCCGUUGUCCGGUCCGAAACCAACUAAACCACCUCCAAGUUAUAACGAGUUGGCUCCAAAACCAGUGAUUCGAAGACUACCACUGCUAUCGAGAACUACAACGACUACGUCAGAAGCCACAAUCUUGGAAAGUGAAAUCGUUGCACAAUUAUCAAAAUAUUUGGUGGAAGAAGUUAGUAAGAAUGUUGAUGAGAGCAACUAUCCACCAAACGUCAACGUGCCUUUGGAAACAGUCACUGCUAAUCCAAGUUCUACAUCGCCAUCAACAGUUCAAUCAUCCGAGUAUAUCGAUACGACGACAGUAGAUAAUCUCGAGGAUGUGAAAGAAACUAUAGAAGCGCAAGAAAAGAAUCAGACAUUGCAAACAAUAGAUCAAAAAUUUGAUAACGAGGUAUCCAAACAAAGUUCAAAUUCUCAAGAUUCGAAUAACGUACCACAAACAUCAAACGAAUCUGUAAUGUUCAAGUCGAUCGAGGAUUCCUCGAAAUCGGAAACCAUGACGAAAAAAGUUGAAACUACUUCUAAGUUAUUGGAUAUGCAGACUACGACCCUAAGAACCUUCCGGCCAUCAGAGCGUCGAAAACUUGAGCUUACUUCCGUAAAAUCUCAAAUUCAUAAGACAAAUCAAGGCCCCAAAAUGACCGCUGGAUUCAAUUGUCUUGAAAAGGAAAUGUAUAGAUUUUACGGUGAUAUGCGAGACUGUCGAUUAUUCCAUUAUUGUUCUCCAGGGUUCACAGCGAGGCAAGUCCUGGACUUCCGAUUUGUGUGCGAAGAAGGCACAAUCUUCGACGAAGAAAGCCAAAGUUGUCGACAUGAUGUGCCAAAUCCCAAGUGCUCAAAAAAGACUUGGUGAAAAGCGUAAUUGUUUUUAUGUCGAAAAAAUAAUUUUACGUAACAGCUGGUUUCAAUUUUGUUCACAAAAUAAUUAUUGCAUUAUUUUGCACUCUUGAAUACAAAACUUUUGGUUUUGAAACGCUAGUUAAACAUUAUAUUAUUUUAUAGGUAAACAAAUUUAUGUAUAUUUGAGAGUGUGAUAUGUUUUUGUGAAAAAUUGAAACAGCUUUUUAGAUUUGUUUAAAUUGUACGAUUUCUCUUAGAGAUAUGUAUAUCCAUUAUGUAGCUUCUUAUUUAUAUUCAUAAGAUUUCAAUGAGAGAUUGAAAUAACAACACUAGCCGCAUGAAGACAUUUUGUUUAGAACUUGCACUGUGACUACAAGCAAACGUUCUGAAUUCAAAUUUUAUAAAUUAUUUUUGUUUCAUUGGUUUUGGUAAUUUGUGAAUCCCGAUGGUUACAAACAGUAGGGUGUAAUGUGUCGCACCAUGAAAUGUUUUUUACUAUUAAGCAAUGCCAUAACAUUCUUUUGUAAACGCGUACGUACGUUUUCGCGAAAGACGGAUUCACUCUUAUUAAAAUUAAUGAGAAACCUUAUUUUACAAGCUAAUAUCGAGAUUUUAUUGUUUAAUCUCAUAAGCAGUUUUCUACAACAUUCGUUAUUACGAUUUAUAGUAAACAUUACUAUUACAAAAGCUUGUUAAAAUCGUUUUUAUUUUUAUUUUAAAAAUCAAUAUAUUUUGUUGAGGAUUCUUUCUCAACAUUUUAUUGAAUAUAUUAGAAUGAAGAUUAGUGCAAAAUAUUACUAUUCUAUAAAAUAUUUUAUACAAUAAAAUAUAUAAAAGACAUACAUGACUGUAAAGACGAUCCUUGUAGAAAAGGUUCCUUAAUCUUGCCCUAGGAAUUAAGUGUAAUUGUCGUUUAGUAGUUAAUCAUAUAAUUUUGGUCGUUUUUUUAUGCUCAAACACCUUUAGCAUUUUACUUAUAUCAUGCAUAGUUUUUGGAGAAGAUAACACUAAAAUUUGUCUACUAUAUUCAUUUUAUAAACUAUAAUAGUAUGAAGUGUACUUACGAAAUUAUACAAAAUCUAAUUUAUAAGUUUUAGACAUGAAUUUUUUAAUGUACGUAUAUAUUAUAUUAAUUUAAUUAAGUUAUUUAAACGCUAUCCAUUUUUUUACUGACGAUCAUGAAAUUCAAAUUUCAUUCCAAAUUAGAACAUUACCACGAGUACUUUUUAUAUUUUUGAUGUAGUAAUUGCAUUUACGUAUCUGUUAUGCUAUUAAAAUUAAAGCAUUAAUUAUUGACGCAGCACGAAUUACAGAUACAAAUAUUUUUAGUUUCCAACCUUAUCAACCAUAUGUUUGUUUAUAAUUAUAUUUUUCUAUAAGAUUGGUACUUUGAAAACAUGCAAAAGUCAACCAAAACUCAACGAUAUUUUAAUAAUGAAUUAUUUAAUGUUAAAACAUAUUUAUAUCAUAAUUAUAAGUUAAUAUUGUCAUAAAUUAAAAAAAAAAUAAUUUGUAAUAUUUUGAUGUUUAAGAUUUUUUGGAAUUACAUUAGCAUGCAAAAAUAUUUCUUUUAGAAUACGUAUAGAGAUUACGAAGAAUAUUGCUCAAGAUUGUGUGCCUAAUAUGUUCUAGUGUUAGGAUAUCAUGUAGUAUUUUUAAUAUUGUGUAACAUUAGUACACUGUUCAGCCUCUUUGAUCGGUUGGCUCUUUGUAUAUAAACUCGCGCGAGAAUUGAUGCUUGAAAGUAUUUUCGUAUUUUGCGAAACUGUAUAAAUAUAUUUUAUAAGAAACUGUACCAUGCUAAUAAUAAUGUUGUAUACUCAUCAUGCAAA